UCUACAAAGCUUAAUACAAUCCAUAUCUUUACAUCCAGACGACUGUGAACAUGGCAAACCCCAAACUCCUCUUCUUCUUCAUCCUAUCAGCUCUCGCAGCUACUGGUUAUUCCCUAUCCUGUGUAAAAUGCACAAACUUUAAUGGUACGCUGUGUUCUGGUUCUACAGUAAACUGCGGCUUUUCAGAUGCUGCUUGCGCUUCCACUCAUGCCGUGACCUCAUCCUCUGAUGGGUUACGUCUCUUUGAAGUUUUUGAUAGAGGAUGUCGAGCGCAAAAAUUUUGUUCUAAGCAAGGAAGUGUGAGUGUCCUUAAUACCACAACCAAGACCAGCGUCAGCUGCUGUUCCACUAACAAAUGUUCUCCUCCGAUGCCUGUCUUGCCACCAGAUAACUUCAAUAAGAAUGGCAUCACCUGCAUGACCUGUGCCGACAACAAAACUGAACAGUGUCAUUCUGAUGUAUUCGUGGAAUGUCUUGGAAACGAGAGAAAAUGUAUUUCUCAAGUUACAACUGUGACAGAACCAGUUCAGUCGUCAUCAUCAUGGAGUGGCUGUGCUACAAAAGACAUAUGUGAUGGUAUUUUCAUUGAAGCACCAAAAAGUAUUGCGUAUUCAACGCGUUACGCCUGCACCAACGGAAGUUCUGGUCUCUGCUUUAAUUUGUUGUUGCUGCUUAUUUUAUCCAUUCCACAUUUAUAUUUACUAUGAUCAGGUCAACAUACCGGCCAAUUGCUACAUGUAUGUGCAAAGGAACAUGUAACCUAGAACAUGCAGAUUACAACAAUAAAACUCUUUAUGACAUAAUAAUAUAA